GUUACAAUUCUCCCAACCUUAUACUUGAGUGUAAAUAUCUUAUACCUCUCCUUACCAUCAUCACCAUCAUCACAUCUCCCUCCCUCUUUUAUCAUCACCUAGUAUCCUUUUAUCAAAAUGAGUCGUACACUUAAAGAACAAAUGGGUAUUCACCCUGACCCACACGCACCUGAACAUACAAUUUCAGGCGGUAAAAGAUUGACAAAGGUUGUCUCACGUAAUGAAUACGAUAGUCAACAAUUGGGUUUACCAACUUAUCAUCGUAGAAUUGCAAACCCCUUCCCCGUUUUUGCAAUCGGUGUUGGUGCUUCUUUGUUGAUGCUUGGAUUACUCCUUGUCGAAGUACGUGGCUUGCAAAAUACUCAAAUCUACCUCAAUGUUGGUUUACCGUUAGGAGGAAUUGCUGUAAUGACUGCAUCCAUGUUCUCUUUCGCAGAAGGGAAUACUUUCUUAGCAACCGCAGCAGGAACAUUGGCAGGUCUUUUGGGAGGUUUAUCAAUGAUCUUUAUUCCAUGGACAGGUAUCAAAGAAGCAUAUGCAAUGGAAGCAAAUGGAAAUGAAGUGUUGACAAUCAUUUAUUUAUACAAGGCAGUCGGAAUUUUGUUCUUUUGCGCAAUGAUUCCCGUCUUUUUACUCUUUUUGGCUUCUUUGCGAACUGCCGUUCCGGUCGCCUUUUCUGCAUUAUUGAUCGUUGUCGCCGCAAUCGUUCAAGGUGCCGUUUAUUUGAAUUAUCCAAUGAUACACGCUCAAAAAGCUGCUGGUGCUCUGUUCAUCAUUGUCGGUAUAAGCUUAUGGUAUUCAGCUUUGGCCGUCAUCUUGAACGAAGAAGGAAUUAGCAUUUUGCCCGUUUUCCCUUUGCCUCGUUUGGAAUAAAAGCAUUGUCCCCCCCUUGCGCACAAUCCAAUCGUCUGCCCGAUUCUUAGCUCAACAGGCAAGACAAUGUACAUAUUCCCACUCAUUUCAACUAUCUCUCACAAAUGAAUAACUUUUGAUUUCACAGA